CUUUGUAUUAUUUAAACUGAAACAGCUGAUAACAAAGAUGUCUCAAUAUCUUUGUGGAGUCAUGGCGAACGCCUUUGCAUUUACUUCUGUUGUUUGACCGUAAUACAAAGCUUAUAAAGACCAGCCAACCAACACUAGCGACCAACGCGUGCGGUGUCUCUCUUCGCGUGCGUGGCGGGGCGGGAACCGAGAGCGCGUGAGAGGAGAGACAAGGGGACAAGCCAACAGUCAAUAUAAUUAUAUCAGAAAAAACAGAAGGACACCCUCGUUUGCUGUCAUACAUCACCAAACGUUCCUUUAAGAGGAUUUUCUCCACCCACAACUUUUCGUGACAUUUCAAAACGCCAAAAACCUCACUUGAGGACCCUACAGCCGCGCGCAUCGUGUCAAUAGGAAGCACCAUUUGCCCCACUGUUGCCCCCCUUACUAGUGCCCUCAAGGAGACGAGACAAGUUGCCAUGGAAACUGUUCUGGUCUUCCUUUUUUCCCUUCUAGUCUAUGUGGCGGGUUUGUCUGACUCUGCUCCCCAAGGGGAAAAGGGUAAGGAACUGAGCCCAUUUGCAUACGACUAUGAGAGUUUGAGGAUCGGUGGCUUGGCAUUCGCUGUGGUGCUGUUUGCUCUGGGAGUGCUCCUUAUUCUCAGCCGCAGAUGCCGCUGCAGUAUCAACCAGAAGCCCAGGGCUCCAGGAGAUGAAGAAACUCAAGCAGAGAAUCUCAUGGUCUCCAAGGCCAAGGAGACUCCUAAAGCAGAGAACUGAAAGCGUUCAGUGUUGUUGAACACAUAGCCGUGGUUGAACAACUUUACUGAAGCUGAGGAUGGUGAUGAUGAUGAAGCUGAUUCCAGACCAUGGCUAUGAUGGCAGACAGAGAUUUUGUGGGAGGAGGAGACUAUGACUUGGAUUUUUAAUGGGCCAGUGUCUUGUACGUAGACCUCUAGUCCUGUCAUGUGAAACCAGUAUCUGUAUCCGUCUUUCCGUCUGUGCCCUUUUGCGACAGUUUGUCUUGAGUGAGUUGUUUUAGCAAAACUAGCCACUUUCUGCAAAUCAUUCUUCAUGUUUUUUGGCUCCUCCCCCAACUGAACGUGUACGUACAGAUUAAAGGAAUGGUUCAAUCAAAAAUGAAUGUUCUUAUUCCCUUCUGACUCAAGUUAUGAGUCAACUCCCUCAAGUUAUUUGUCUUAAGUACAACACAAAUUGAAAAGAUUCUUUAAGUAGCUUUUAUUAUAUAAUAAUGAAUAAGAUAAUAUGAUAAUAAUAAUGAUAAGCUCAAAAAAUGGAUGCCAUAAUUUUCAUUUUUGCAAGAACUGUUCCUUUAAUAAUUUAGUCUCAACGUCUAACAGUCAAUAACUGUUAAUGUUAUUGGUGGUGUGACCACUUGUUAAUGUCAUUUGCUUCCCACCUGCUGUUUUUCUCUUUUAGAUUGUAUAGAUAAUAUGCAAACAUAUUUAAAUACACCUGCGUUCUAUUAAUUCAUAUGUAAUGCAGAAUAUAUAUUUGAAUAUAAAGUGUAUGCAUGUGUGUGCGCGUAUGGAUAGAUCUAUUGUAGAGCUUGAAUGCGUGUGUGCAUGUGUGCCCACGUUUUGGGCAGCUCCUCCCGACAAUCUUUCAAUCCCUGCACCCAGACCAAGCACAAAAACAGAACAGCUACACCACUGUACCACAGGGGGCGCCAUAGCACUGUCCCCUGAUCAGCUGCAACACUGCCAGGUGCAAUACUGCCCUCAUUUGGACCCACAGCCUAAACGUCUGCGGCCUCAGAACGAGACCGCAGGAGCAGUUCACGUCACCAUAGUGCCGCUAACCUGUGUCCUUUACCUUUCCAUCGCACGUCUACUGUAGCCUAUGUAUAAGCAUUCUUAAAGGGAUAGUUCACUCAAAAAUGUUUUUAUUUUGUCUACUCACCAUUGUGCCCUUAGAAAUUAACCAACAAAAGUUUGUCUUUAUGGGAAAUACAAAAGAAGAUAUUUUAAUGAAUGUCCAAACCCAGCAAGCACAGGACAUCAACAUGAUGUUAGAUUGACGCUGUACCCUAACAUCGUGGGGACGUUGAAUUUAAUUUGUAAAUGAAAAUCAUGUUGAUGUCAGAACCCGUCGUCAGACCGUCAUCAAUGUCUAAUCUAAAAUCAAUGUCUAAUGAUGUUACAGCUUGGCGUUGUGUGGACGUUACCACUAUGACGUCUAUCAGACGUUGGAUUUUGGUUUCCAUACCUGAUGAAUAAAUGUCAGUACUUGAUAUCAUUAUGACGUUGGUUUAAGAUAUUGGCUAAAUGUUAGAUUUUGGUCACCUUCCAACACAAUCUAAAAUCAACCAAAUAUUAAUGUCAUUUGACGUUGUUAAUGUACGUUAAAAUAACAUUGUCCUUAGAUGCUGACUAGACAUUGAAUUUUGGUCACCUGACGUCACAACCUUAAUUUAACCUAAUAUUAAUGUCUUAUGGCAUUGAGUGCCUGCUGGGAAGGCUCUUUUACAAAGAAGAAAGUAAAGUAUACUGUACUUCAGUUUCAACAGAAAUUAGUAGCGACAAAAAUAUUUGGCGAUGUUGCCCUUUAUAAUGUUUUUUUGUUUUUCAAAUGUAAAACAACAAGACAGGGCAGUGCUGCAUCGUGUGUACAAACUAAAUAAUGAACUAAUAAAUAAAAUCAUUGAGGCAUGUGCAAGCUGAAUAUUUCUAUUUAUGGUGUGCAUUAUGGUAAUGGUGAAAUAAUGUAAAACACCAUAUGUAGAGCCUAGUAGCCUAUAUAAAUUCUAAAAAUAUGCAUUUGCAAAUUAUGAGCUACAACCAAAAUAAAUGACCAAAUCCAGGAAUUAGAGUUCAUUUUUUUC